AAAAACUCCUCUGCUCUCAUUUUGAGAUGGCCCCUGUAGUACUACGUAAGCUGAAGGUGCAGGAUGGAGAAGGUUGUGCAGUUGUUCUACAGAAACUCUGGAAACAACAAGAAGUUUAAAGGAAGUAAGUGCAGCAGCUAAUCAAGUGAUUCACAGUGGAAGGUCUAAAGAGCUGCUGCAUGCACCAAUAUGCCUACUUGGACAGAAGCAACAAUGCUCAUUUCUCUGGCUGUGGUUACUGACUGCCACGGGAGCUGCUGAAUCCAGGAGCCCAGAUUUCAUUUCAGAAUGGACAAAGCAGAUGAACUCAUGUGGCAGCUGGAGGGUUCACCUGGCAAAGCAACACAGCAAGAGCAAAGCACUGAUGGUGAACACAAGGCAGAAGUGCUGGGAGAGCCCACACAUAGCAAGGACAAUCCAUCCCUGAGCCAUACCCUCCAAUGGGACACGCUAAACAGACAGUUUGUAGAGUAUGAGCAGAUGGUUCCAUUCCUCAUACCAGAGGAGCAACAGAGAAGGCUGCUGGACUUUCUUCCCCUCUUCUUAAAGGCCUGGGAACAAUCUGCUGGAGUAAUUGUAUUCCCCAAUAUUCAGCUGUUAGCUAGUGAGGUUUCCAAGCUUCUGACAAAAGAAAUUAAGAAGAACCUUAAUGGCAAGCCUGCAGAGGAAGCUCGUCUGGCUUUGGAGCAACUGCUGCAACAGAAAGGGGAAGCAGAAGAUGGCCAUUUGCUCCUUAAAUCAGCCUAUCUGCUCUCACAGAUUGACUUGAGAACUAUGCGAAACAUCAUUGGAUCUGGCCUUCCAGCUGCUCUGAUGCAAUGCUUGUACCUUUUUUUUACUUUUCCUCUGAAUAAAACCAGUGAUCAUGGAGAGACAUGUGAGGAUGACACCCAGACUCAGGAAAUGCUUGUAAAGAUAAUGCUUAACAUGUACAAAGAGGAACAAGGUGUAGAGGAACUUCUGGCAGCUGAUAAACUUCAUGCAUUAAUUAUCGCAACUGCUUCCCUCUGGGACCAGUGUAGCCACUCUUGGAAAGUACCUACAGGGCAUGUGCUAAGAACAAUUUCAAAGGCUCAGACCAAAAACAGCAUUAUGUACUUACAAGCUGUGGACUGCAUUAAAAUAGCUAUUCAGAAUCUCUUUAAACUGGCCGAUACCCUAUCUGCUUGUGAUGUGUGUGAAGCUGCUACUAUUCUCUUAUGUUUUGUAAAGGAUUCUUAUCCCAUAUCAUCAGCUUUGUUAACAGAGUUUGAAAAUAAUGAUGGCUACCAACUUUUGCUAAAAAUCUUGCUCAGAUGGGAGGGAUUGCAGAAGAAUGAAGGAGACCCCUAUCUGGAUGAGAUCUUGGACAUUCUGACUUGCCUUACAACCUGUGGGAAAACUGAACUGAAAGUUUCUGGCAAUAUUGUACACCCACAAUUACCACACUUUGAUUUUGAAUGGACACGGUCUUCUGGACUGACAGUGAAAAACCUCCAAGCUUUUCAGGUGUUGCAGACCAUUUUCCAGAAAAGUAAUGAUCAGCACCUGUGUGGAAGAAUUUUGUCAGCAAUUGGUACAAUAUGGGCCUGGAACACAGCAAACUUCUUCCUUCUAGAAUGGACGCUACAACCUAUCAACCAGUUUACUGACGUAAUCCAUUUCAAACCACAACCAGUUCAAGUCCAGUUCUUCAAACUGGUAGAGUCCAUAGUGCUAGACCUGUCCUAUGUCCCCCAUGAAAUCUUGAAGAAGAUUCAGUAUCUGAUAAAGGAAAACAUAGCACCAUUCUGCACCUUAGCAGCUCUCCAGUGCCUUCUCAACAUGACCAAGAAGGACGUGUUAUUCGGUGACAUAUUCCGUGACUCUGGGCUCUUAGGCCUACUGCUGGCACUUCUGAGGAAGCAAGCCAAGAUCCUGAGGAAGUCAGCUGGAGGCCAUCUGCCUGGUCUGGAAGAAGGCACUGAGAAGGAAUUAAAUGCUGUGAUGCUGAAGAUGGUGGCUGCCCUUACAGUGAAAUCUGUGAGGAAUGCUGUUGUUCUAAAGGACUACGGAAUGGUGCCAUAUAUCAAGAUAUUUUUAGAUGAUGAGUGCUACAGAAGUGCAACACUCAGCAUCUUGGAGCAGCUAGCAGUCAUCAACUAUGAAGAAUAUAUGAGCAUUAUUAUUGGGGCUCUCUGUUCUUCUACUCAAGGGGAACUAAAUCUGAAAAUAGAUCUGCUGAAGUCACUCCUGAGGAUAUUGGAGAGUCCCAAGAGCCAUUCAGCUUUCAGAACCUGCAGUGGAUUCAAUGGACUGCUGUCCCUUCUCUCAGAUAUGGAAGGUGCAUUGCAGGACCCUCCAUCUGGGCUGUGGAUGGCAGUUGGACCGAACUGCAUAUUGGAGCUUGUGUUUUACACACUUCAGGGGAUAACAGCAGCCCUGCACCUGGACCCUGUCAACAGCAACUUCUUCCAGAGAAAUGGUCUCUUUGAAAAGAUGGCAGAGGAUCUUGGGUCACUCGGAUGCUUCAGGACACAUGGGGAAUGGCAAACUCCUGUGAGCCUUGAGAAGACAAGGACAUUUGCAGAAUUCUUGGAAGCAGCUUUCUGCUCUUCAGAACCUUUCCCAAUGUGGCUAAAGAACUGCAUAUGGAUUUUGAAUUUCCUUGAUCACAUGAUCAAAGGAACCCUCCAUCUGGAGAGUUACUUCAAGGAGACAAAGCCAGAGAUGGCAGAGGCAUUAAGAGAUAAUCAGGAGGGAUUUCAAGCUCAAGAAGAGAAUCCUGUUGCUUUCAAAAGACCAGGCAACAAAUUACCUGUCUCUGCUUACAGGCUAAGCGGGAACCCUGAAGAGAAGUGGGAAAUGGGAGACUGUGCCAUUGUACAUCCAGGUGCUGUCUGUGUUAUGGUGAAAUUGCUACCAAAGCUGUACAAAGAGGGAUACUGUCAGCUUUCACAGGAAAUCCAGUGUGCUGUGGUGAAUCAUAUCCAGUCCCUGGUGAAGUCAGAGAAGAGUCGCCAGGUGAUGUGUGGAGCUGGCUUACUGAGCACCAUCAUAAGCUCCUGUCAGGGUGCCUUCCUCAAUGAGAACCAUCCACUGCAUCUGCCCCUCACUAGAGUGUUUGAGAAGCUUGCAUCACAGGCUAUUGAGCCAGAUGUAUUAAGGCGAUUUCUUUGGUUGGGAGGUUCUCCAUCGCUAUCUCCCAGGACCUGUAUGAAGAAUAUUGAGGCUAUUUCAUGUCAGAGAAGUUAUUUAGCUAAUGCAGAUUGGAACGCAGGUGCAGAAGAGGACACGGUGGACAAUAAAACUGAUCUUCAGACAGUUGUGCCUGCCAACAAUUCUCCUUGGGUUUCUAAGGGAUCUACAUUGGCACUCCAAACUGCAAUGAGUCUCGUCUCCAUGACAUCACCUCGAAACUUCCAGCUCUGCAGCACUGCUUUGGCUCCAUCAUUCGUGGAGUUUGACAUGUCAAAAGAAGGAUAUGGGUGUUUAUACCUCCCUACCUUGGCCACUGUCAUGGGACCCAGUGUAGAGCAAUCUGUCUCAGGAGGAAUUGGCACGGGCAACAGAAUGUUCCCUCCCUCAAGUGGCCUGACACUUUCCUGCUGGUUUCUGGUUAGCAAGUUUGGUUCAGUGCACAAUAGUCACCCACUCCGUUUCCUCACAGUUGUGAGGCAUAUGUCAAGAACAGAACAAGAAUUUGUUUGUUUUUCGGUGAGCUUUUUUCCACAGGACCAUUCUUUGGUCAUUUCCACAGAAGAAGUGGAAUUUCAGCCUCUUGAUAUUAUGGAACCUGAGGGAGAGGUCCUGAAUCCCUCCUCACUUCCAGGGCAAGUCCACUUUGUCUGCAGCAAGCUGCUUGUCACUGGCCAGUGGUAUCAUCUCACAGUGACUGUUGCUAAGGAAGCAAAGAAGACCUGCAUUGUGUCAGCUUACAUUGAUGGUCACAUGCUUGGGUCUGCAAAGAUGCAGUAUCUCCAGCCCUUACCAGGUAGCUGUAUUUCCAUGGAGCCUUCCUCCUUUAUUGAUGUCUAUGGGUACAUAGCUAGUCCUCGGAUUUGGAAACAGAAAUCUUCCUUGACCUGGCGCCUUGGACCUACAUACUUAUUUGAAGAAGCCAUCUCUGUGAAAACUAUAGAAGUGAUUAAUAGGCUGGGCCCACAGUAUUGUAGCAAUUUCCAAGCAGUACAGCUUCAAGGUGAGGACCAGUACAGUGAUCAUAAUCCUACACCUCUGGUGGCAGAAGAGAAGAUUUCCUUUGGAAUCAAUGCCAUGAGCUCAUCAAUCACUACGAUUCAAGAUAUAAAGAGCACCUACAAUGAAGUGGAUGGCCGGCUGAUUGCCAAUGAGAUAGGGAUUAACUCUCGGGACAGUUCCACUCCAAUAUUCCUAGCUAAGAACAUUGCUGGACACCUCUCAGGUUCCUUGCGGACAAUUGGGUCAGUUGCUGUGGGACAAUAUGGGGUAAGAGUGUUCCAGUCCUCUCCAGCAGCUACUAGCCUGAACUUCAUUGGAGGUCCUGCCAUUCUCCUGGGUCUCAUUGCUAUGGCCUGCGAUGACCACACCAUGUAUGCAGCUGUCAAAGUCCUGAACUGCAUCCUGAACAGUAGCCCAAUGAGUGAAAAAUUAAUGAGGCACAUGCAUGGAUACCAGUUACUAGCCUACCUGUUGAAGAAGAAGACACAGCUGUUAAAUAACAGGAUUUUACAGUUAAUAUUCUCUCUAGUGGGCACAGCUGAGCUUGGCUUCGAGUCUUCAGUGAUCAAGAAUUAUAAUGCAUUUCAGUAUGUUCUCUGCAACUUUGAGCUUUGGAGGAAAGCUCCAGAAAAUCUUGACCUUGCUCUUUUUUCACAUCUUGUGGAGAUCUUGCAGUCCUCCAGAGAUGGUUGUCAGAAUGCUGCAGUUGCCUACCAGGUGCAAAUGGUGCCCAAGCUCAUUUUCCUCUUCAAUGAUCCUGAAAUCAGUACCUCCCAGAUCAUUGUGGCCUGCAAAAUUCUCUCCCAUCUGUUGCAAGGAUACUUUAACAGAAGAGAUGUUCUCAGGAUUGCAUUAUUCCUCGUUUACACUUUGAAACCUUCUUCUGUGGAUGAAAAUCAGACUUGUCUGGAUGGUGUGACUGAGACACCCAAUGAAGCCUUAAGCCAAACAUCUGGAAAGACAAUCUGGCUUCGAAACCAAUUACUGAAGAUGCUGUUAGAUGUAAUGCACUCAGACAAACUUCAUCUGUCCUCUGACGAACAAGAAGAGACAUUUUUGGCACUGGGACCAGACUGGUUUCUACUGUUCACACAGAGCUAUCUGCACUCUAGCACAGUUGUCCUAGGAGUCAAGCUACUUCUGUGCUUCCUCCACAAUCGUUCGUUGUUGAAUAAAUUCAAGGAGGGGACAGUGGCUGGGCGCUGGCUGGAAAAUAGCUCUGCAGGGUUGAGUAUUCUAAUGGAUAAUUUAAAAGCUCACCCUCCAGCGCCUGUCCAUGGCUCCUUCUUGAUUUUUGGAUUUUCUGUGUUGCAAAGAUGUCUGACUGAUCAUGUCCACAUCCCUGAGAUCUACUUGCUAGUGGCAGAACUCUUUUUAGCAACUCCGCAAUCUGACCCCCCUGAAGAGGCUAAGAAAGAUCUUGAGUCUAUGUUGCAGUGGGUCUUGCAGCACCACCUUACAGAGAAUGUCCUCAAAUUUGGGUUGUGUACAGAGGCAGCUGCUUUACUGCUAGAAAUGGUUAGAGUGACUGUGAACACGCCUAUUGCAGAUGCAGAAGCCUCCUGGAAGAUUGCCUACCCAGGGAAUGUUAUCCAGUUUCUGUGCCUGAUCUAUCAGAGUUAUAUCCAGGACCCCAUGUGGCACUGCUCUGACUUCUUGAAAACUCUGGCUAUGGUUGCUUUCCAUUCUGGACCUCCCAAGGGAGGCUCUGAAGGCCUUUUGGCUCCUGAUGGCCCAGCCGUUGCUGAAGGGAAAGGCUGCAGCGAUUCCUCUCUCCCACUCCUGCCACACCCUGCCAAGAAACAAGCGUGGGAUUUCAUGCGAGUCCUCCUGAUGGAUAGUCUUCUCAACAUCCCAGCAAACAAACAAGGGCAUCCACUUGAGCUGCUUCUUGAGGCUUCUCCAGAGGAUGCCACCAGUGAGGAUAAGAGACAUUUUCAAACAAAAGUUUUGCUCUCUGCUAUGGAUGUCUUCCAUGUUACCAGUCAAGGUGAUGGGAAAACAAGACCAAGAGGCAUCAGCGAUCCUCAUGGCACUCCAGCUGCACCUUUAUUCAUAAUGAAUGUUGCUUACUUUGCUCAGAAGCUGGUUGAGAAGCUCAACAGCCAAAUGUUUGCUGCUGACCCCAAGCAAAUCCUGAUCUUCACUGCAAAACAGAUUGUGGUGGUCUUAGAAAGCUCAGUUUCUCAAAAGGAAAUUCUCCUCAGCACCCUGUACAGUUGUCUCAACAGAGCCAUCCUAUACUGCCUAUCCAGACCCAGACAACUGCUUCCUGAACAGUGUAAUGUCCUCAACACUCUCAAAGUCCUGCAGGAGGAGUGGGACACUAUUUUUGCAACUUACAACUCAAAUACUAAUUUUGUCAUCUGCCUAAUGUACUGCCUUUGCCAACUGAAUCUGGGCAGUUAUCCAGAAGGUUUUGGGGUGAAUGCAAAACCAAAGCUGGCUUCAUAUCACCAGAUUUUCCUUGCACCCAAUGAGGAGGAAAAGGCCAGCAUGCCUUCUGCAGAUGAUGUCCAUCAGCAGAUCCUGAGAACAGUAGAUGUCAUCUGGAAGCAGCUCAUUUCUCAGAGGCGGCAGGCUCUGGAGGACACUUACAAGAUGGAUCUUUCUGUAAAAGGAAAUGACAAAGAAAGGGACAUGAAGAUAAUGGAGAUCACCCCUUUAUGGGAAGAAAUUAUGACAAAAGCUUGGCAGCACCUAAUAGCAUCUGAAAAGAAGUUUCUUCAGAAUAAAGCAGGGUCAGGCCUGUCUCAGAGCAAGCACAAUUCCUGGAGUGAAAACUUGUCCUCAGCUAUCAGCUUGAUGCCUGGUCGAAGCACAAAGGAAGUGACAUGCAAAUCUGAGGGCUUUGUCUCAUGUAUGGAACAGUACCGCAGAACGGGGCAGGAGCUGUAUGCAUCUUUGUACAAGAACCAUAUACAGAUGCUGCAGUGUGGUUACAGCAAAGCAGCCAAGGACUGGAUGAUAAUUGAAGAGCAGCUUUUCUACAGAAAGGGCCCAUGGAGAGAUGCAUCACAAUCCUUAAAGCCACAAUGGAUUCUUGAUUGUUAUGAAGGGCCUUCACGAAUGAGGAAGAGGAUUCAACAUGUGAACACCCAAGCAGCAACUAUGCGAAUGAGGAGUGAGCUUCUCCUACCAAACAGAAAUGAAACAACUCCUACUGCUGAAGGAGAGCUGAUGUUAAAUGGAGCAGAAAGGGAGAUGGGUGAGAAGAGAUUGGAUUGUAACCAGCUGACAUUCUUCCCUGCUCUGCAUGAAAGUUUCCAUUCAGAAGACUUCUUGGAACUGUGUGUGGAGAGGCAAACUAUAUUGCAGGAGUUUGCAGAGAAUGAAAAGGUCACGUUCAAGUGCUCUGUAGCAGUUGUGCAGGGGCACACAGCAUUGGAAGGAGUGCUGCUUUUUGGCAAAGAGCACUUUUACAUCUGUGAGUGCUUUGUGUUAUCCCCUCUAGAAGAAGUCUACUGUACACGUCACUGCUUGUCCAGCAUCACUGAUCCAUUUAUUUUCAACUUAUGUCAUAAAGACCACACUGUGGGAGACCAGAUAUGUUCCCGCUAUUCAUAUCAUGAUAUAAAAGAGAUUCAUCUGAUGCGCUUUCUUCUGCAGGAGAUUGCUUUGGAAAUAUUCUUCAAAAACGGUUACUCCAGAUUUCUUGUCUUCCAUGAUAGUGACCGAAAUAAGAUAUUUAAGAGAUUUUGCUCUUUCCAACCUGCUUUGAAGUCAAAGGCAAUAAUGGAAGAGUCCCUGAAUAUAAGGAAACACUCAGGAGGAGAAAAGACAAUGCUCCAGAAGUGGCAGAAGAGGGAGAUCAGCAACUUUGAUUACCUGAUGUAUCUGAACACACUGGCUGGCCGCAGCUACAACGACUACAUGCAAUAUCCUGUGUUUCCAUGGGUCCUUGCUGACUAUCUCUCCAAGACUCUAAACCUUACUAAUCCUCAUACAUUUCGGGACCUGUCAAAGCCCAUGGGUGCGCAGACUGUGGGGAGGAAACGCAAGUUUAUCCAGCGCUACAAUGAGGUGGAGAAGAGUGAGGGAGACCUGUCAGCCCAGUGCCAUUACUGUACUCACUAUUCAUCAGCAAUUAUAGUGGCAUCUUACCUGGUCCGAUUGCAGCCGUUUACUCAGACCUUCUGUUCUCUGCAGGGUGGGAAUUUUGAUGUUGCAGACAGGAUGUUUCAUAGCGUUAAGAGCACAUGGGAAUCGGCAUCAAGGGACAACAUGAGUGAUGUCAGAGAACUCAUCCCUGAAUUCUUCUACUUGCCAGAGUUCCUAACCAAUGCAAAUAAUUUUGAACUUGGCUGCAUGCAGGAUGGAACAGUGCUAGGAGAUGUGCAGCUUCCUCCUUGGGCAGAUGGAGACCCCCAUAAAUUCAUUCUCCUGCACAGACAGGCACUGGAAAGUGACUAUGUCAGUGCACACCUCCAUCGCUGGAUAGAUCUGAUUUUUGGCUACAAGCAAUAUGGCUCAGCUGCAGUGGAAGCAGUUAAUAUCUAUCACCCUUACUUCUAUGGACACAAGACAGAUCUCAACAACAUUAAAGACCCUCUGAUUAAGAGCACCAUCCUGGGUUUUAUCAGUAACUUUGGACAGAUACCAAAGCAGCUCUUCACAAAACCACAUCCAUCCAGGAAUGCCCAAGGGAAAAGUGCAUCAGGAAUAGACACCAUGCUGUCACUUCAUUCAAGUGGAAUUCUUCCUCCUUUUGUGAGCAGCCUGCAAAAUCUGAAGCUUUCACCAGUCACAGUAAAAGACUAUCCCAAGGGAGCUGUUGGGCAUAUUGUUCAUACUGAGAAAGGCAUUCUAGCUGUUGAAAAAAACAAGAUUUUAAUUCCUCCUCUUUGGAGCAAAACAUUCUGCUGGGGAUUUGAAGAUUUCACCUGCUGCUUUCGCAACUAUGGGUCUGAGAAGAACGGGACGACAUUUGAGUGCAUGGCAGACUGGGGAAAGUGCCUCUGUGCUGUGUGUCCUUCAGCAACUACCAUAAUCACAUCUGGAACAAGCUCAGUUGUAUGUGUCUGGGAAGUUUCUAUCAUCAAGGACAAAGUGAAAUGUCUAAACUUGAGACAGGCUCUGUAUGGACACACACAGGCAGUGACCUGCCUUGCAGCAUCUGUGACCUACAGUAUCUUUGUGAGUGGAUCUGAUGACAGAACCUGCAUCAUUUGGGACCUAAACCAGCUGACAUACAUAAACCAGCUUCCUACCCAUGGGGCAAACCUCUGUUCUGUUGCCAUCAACAAUUCAACAGGUGAUAUUAUCUCUUGUGCUGGAUCUUACCUAUAUCUCUGGACUGUCAAUGGCCAGCUGCUUGCAAGCAUUAACACCAGCUCCAUCCCUGAAUGCCGUAUUGCUUGCUGCUGCUUUGCUGAAGUGAUGGACUGGGACACACGCAGCGUCAUCAUCACAGGAAGCACAGAUGGAGUGGUGAGGCUCUGGAAGACUGAAUACAUCAAUACCCCAGACCAAGAUGCUGGACCAAGACCACAGACAGGCACAAUAGAAGACCCAGGAAACACAGGUAACAAGUGUGAAAAACGUCUUGUUCUCUGUCGGGAGCUGAAUCACAGCCUUGCCUUGACUGGAAAACCCAGUAAGACCAGCCCAGCGGUGACAGCACUGGAGAUAUCCAGAAAUUCCAGCAAGAUCCUAGUUGGUGAUGACUGGGGAAGAGUCUGCUGCUGGUCUGUGGAUGGAUAGGAAGAAAUGGCCAAAGCCUCUUGUUUUUUCAGGCUCUUGCACGGAGAGAAAAUUACCCUUGAGAGCACAAAAGAGAGAAACUGGAAGCCUGUGGUUGGAAACUGGUUUUCAAGGGAACUGCAGGACUGGUCCAGCUGUCAAAUCUGAUUGAAAUUAGAGAAUGGAGUUCAAAGUUCAGAGACACACUGACAGAUGUGCACAUUGACAAUGAGAUUUUGCAGUAUUUGUCCUGGGAAAAAUUCUGUGCUUUAAAUGUUAUUUUACAUACUGAAUUUGGCAUAAUACACUGUAUUUCACAAAUAAUAGAUAGCAAAUAAAACUGCUUUGAUUAUACCAAAGAGCAA